AUGUCUGAUGAAUCUUUAACGCACUCACUCGAUGCACUCUCCAUAGGGAGUGAUUUCCGCAGUCCACAAUCACGUCUCAUGGGCGAAAGCGAUGCAUUCUCAUCACAACUCCCUGCGCCUUUAGAACGUCCAUCUGCUUUCUCUCCCUUUCCUUACUCAUCUGUGAACGACAGUACUAGUAAAAAUGGCGCUUCUCGGUUCCAUCAAUUAUUUAAUGGUGGGCCUUCGGCUGCAGAUGAGUCUAACUUUAUGCAUAAGCGUCCUUAUGAUUCUGCGUUAGCGAACGCCCCGCUGGUCGGAUCGUCAAGUGUUUCUCGAUCUAAUAUGUUCGGGAGUCCAGCGAUGUUCAAUCCAUCUAGCAUUCAACGCGCGCAAUCACCUUUCUAUUCUGGUCCAUGGAGCAUCUCACCACCUUCGGCUGCCCCUUUCCCUGUGCCUAUUGAACGAGCAAACUCUCCCGGUAACACUAGCAAUCUUUCUGCUAUGAUGCCUCCGAACCCCACACCUCUGCGUUUUGGAACCAACAUGACAGCUCCAGCCGCUUCUCCCACGGGGGAAGCGGACAUCAUUCCUACUGCAAUUGUGAUCAAAAAUAUUCCGUUUAAUAUCAAGCGCGAACAACUUCUUCAUGUCAUUCGAGACCUUGGAAUUCCUGUCCCUUAUGCAUUUAACUAUCAUUUCGAUCAAGGCAUAUUCCGCGGGCUUGCAUUUGCGAAUUUCCACUCACCAGCAGAUGCGAAUGAAGUUGUGGCUGCCUUGAACGGUUUGGACGUAAGUGGCCGUAAACUGCGCGUAGAGUAUAAGAAGGUUCUUCAGGCUGGAGAGAAGGAACGGAUUGAAAAAGAGAAGGCGCUAAAACGGAUGCAACUCCCCAAUGUCAACGACAAAGAGCGAAAAAGAGACAGAGCAUCCCCAUCGGAGGCCAGUACAAUUCCUAGCUUAGGUUCACUCAGCACAAUUUCACCUGUAGCCAUUUCUCCUGGAAUUGGCGGCACACCGGGUCUGUCUGGCAAGGAUGGCUUGCAGCGAAUCACACCUGAUGGCGGCAAGACUUCGCCUUAUUUCUCUCGCUUACCUGUUGGAGAGGCGCAAGAAACAUCACUUGAUUUGAACGAUGCAUCCACAAUGGAAGUUUAUUCACGUGUCCUUGCAUUUAAGGACGAUCGAAUGCGCGACGAACUUGCUUUCUCCAAGUCUCUGACGCCAGCAGAACGCCGUGUCGUUCAUUUGGUGGCGCGAAGUUUUGGGCUGAAUCACUUCACUGUCGGGUCGGGCGACGACUGCUACGUGAUGGUAACCAAAUCAGAGACGUCUUCGCAGGGCCUCAACAGUGCUCCCAUGGACUCGCGGGACCUAUCGCCAUUGUUGAAGGACCGUUUCAUGACAACUAAUUCGGACCUGUCAUCGAAAAAAUCAGUUCCUGACAUGCGUCGUGAUGCAUUCCAACCAGAGAGUUUCGGAGCCGGCAGCCCGUCUUCUUUCCAUGGUCUGGCCCUACCAUCUAGCAACUUGCUUCCACGCAAGUCAAACAGCAGUUUGCGUGAAGGUUUAUCGGCUCCCAGCGAUCCGCGCUUCGACAGUUUCAGCAAUUUUGGAAGCAGUCCCAGCUCACACAAUCUUUUUGCGUACCCAGUUGAUACUCCGUCCGUUCCUUACAUCACACGUCCUCGCAGCACAGACCUGGAUGCGUUAGAAUAUGCUGGUUUACACGCGAAUACCCUUCAGGGUUUGCAUCGUUCACGUUCUCCAUUGCAUCGCACGCAUUCACCAAUAAGUCCAAACGUGCAUUCAACACCUGUGACUCCUCUUGGGACUCAUGCCGGUCCACUCGAUCAUCCAUCUACGCUCUUCGGUAUUCUUCCGAACAAAUUGGAGCUCCCGGCAAGGCCAAGUGUAGGACCCAGCGAGUCGCUGUUGGAUAUUUCGCGUGUCUCAUCAUCACCACAUCUGAAACCCCCUUCUAAUGAAGAUCAACUCAAUCCAGCCAACUUAACAUUUACGCCCUCUUCUUCAUCCCAAGCCCCUUACUCUAAAGAAACUGAAAAUGUGAAGAAUUUGGUUACUCCAACCAUUACAACAAGUUGCUCCAGUGAUGAUAAUUGA